CGUCAAGGCCGACCAUGUCACGCCGUGCCGAGUUUACGGUCUUUGUGGGCAACAUCCCCUUUGACACUACUGAAGAGGACAUUCGGAGGGUCAUGUCCAACGCAGGCCCGGUCAAGUCGGUUCGUAUUCAGAUGGACAAGGAGACGGGUAAGGCAAAGGGGUAUGGCUUCUGCGAGUUUUAUGAUCGUGCUACAGUCGAGUCGGCCCUGAGGAACUUGAAGGGAGUGGAGGUCGGCGGCAGGGCCCUGCGGCUGGACUACGCUGAGAAAGACACUCGCAAGUCUGCGCCGAGCGGCGGGGGCACGGGCGGUGGGCCUGGACCGAUGACUGGGUCCAAUCAAGGAGCAGUCCUGGGGGGUCCGCGGCGUGGGCCCGAGAUGAUGAUGGAGAAGGCGUCGCUGGAGCAGGUUCUUGCUGUUGUCGAGUCGAUGACCUCGGCGCAGCGGCGUGAGUUUGUGGCCAAGAUGCGCUCGUUUGUUGACAUCCAUCCAGACGACGCUCAGGCCGUUCUGCGAGAGAACCCCACGCUGUCGUGGGCCUUUGUGCAGAUGCUCACCCUGGAGGAUUUGAUUCCUAACCUGGACGUCGACGCCUUUGUGGCUAAGGAGGCUGCACCGCGCCCGCCGCAGCCGCAGGCCGGCCAGCCGGGCGCGCCUGGCCAGAUGGCUGUACCCAUGGCUGGCGCCCCGCCGCCGCCGCACACCCAGGGUAUGCAUCCCCCGCCAGGUGGCGCCCCGCCGCCGGGCCCGCCGCCGCAGGGCCAGCCGGGCGCGUUCAGCACUGCCGGCCUCCUGCACAUGCUCUCCAACAUCAACCCGCAGCUCAUUCUCGCCACCCUCGGUGAGGAGAACACUGCCAUCCUCACAGAGGUCCUCUCCAUGACUCCGCAGCAGUUUGCUGCCCUCUCGCCUGACCAGCGCGCCGCCAUCAACGCCAUCGAGCAGCAGCUCUCCUCGCUCUUUGCCAAGUAGUCGUGCUCUCGCGCUCCGCUCCGUAAUGAACCACAGCGUGUUAAUCCG